GGGCGCGCCCGGAGCCGCCCGGCCGGCUGAGGCGGGCGCUGUGGCGGGAGGGCAGCGAUGGCGGCGGCCGAGGUGGCGCGGCAGGGUGAAGGCUGUCGUACUGUCCCACUUUCCGGACACGUAGGAUUUGACAGUCUGCCUGACCAGCUGGUUAAUAAGUCAGUUAAUCAUGGGUUUUGUUUCAACAUCCUGUGUGUGGGGGAAACUGGCCUUGGUAAGUCUACCCUCAUGGACACACUUUUCAACACCAAGUUUGAAGGUGACCCAGCAUCUCACUCACAGCCUGGGGUCCAGCUGAAAUCUAAUACCUAUGACCUGCAGGAGAGCAAUGUCAACCUCAAACUGACCAUUGUGAGCACAGUUGGCUUUGGGGAUCAGAUCAACAAAGAGGACAGCUAUAAGCCCAUUGUUGAGUUCAUUGAUGCUCAGUUUGAAGCCUACUUGCAAGAAGAACUGAAGAUAAAAAGGGUCUUGCACAACUACCAUGACACCCGAAUCCACGCUUGCUUGUAUUUCAUUGCUCCGACAGGCCACUCACUGAAAUCCCUGGAUUUGGUGACAAUGAAGAAGCUUGACAGCAAGGUCAACAUCAUUCCCAUCAUUGCCAAAUCUGAUGCCAUUUCCAAGAGUGAGCUGACCAAAUUUAAAAUUAAAAUCACAAGUGAACUGGUCAGUAAUGGGGUGCAGAUCUACCAGUUCCCAACAGAUGAUGAAUCGGUGGCAGAGAUAAAUGGGACAAUGAAUGCCCACUUGCCAUUUGCAGUGAUUGGGAGCACGGAGGAGCUGAAAAUAGGAAACAAAAUGAUGAAAGCUCGCCAGUACCCCUGGGGCACAGUGCAGGUGGAGAAUGAGGCUCACUGUGACUUUGUGAAGCUGCGGGAGAUGCUGAUCCGUGUGAACAUGGAGGACCUGCGUGAGCAGACCCACACGCGCCACUAUGAGCUGUACCGGAGGUGUAAGCUGGAGGAGAUGGGCUUCAAGGACACUGAUCCAGACAGCAAACCCUUCAGCUUACAAGAAACUUACGAAGCCAAAAGAAAUGAGUUUCUGGGAGAAUUGCAGAAAAAAGAAGAGGCAAUGAGGCAAAUGUUUGUCCAGAGGGUCAAGGAAAAAGAAGCAGAGCUGAAGGAGGCUGAAAAAGAGCUGCAUGAAAAGUUUGAUCGCCUGAAGAAGUUGCAUCAGGAUGAGAAAAAGAAGCUAGAGGAUAAGAAGAAAUCUCUGGAUGAUGAAGUAAAUGCAUUUAAACAGAGGAAGACAGCAGCUGAAUUGCUCCAGUCUCAGGCGCAGCAGGCUGGAGGAUCUCAAACUCUUAAAAGAGAUAAGGAAAGAAAAAAUAACCCAUGGCUCUGUACUGAGUAAUUACCCCUGAAUACAAUGGGCCGGCAUGGACCUUCGUUUACUUGUUUAAUUGGAGGGUCUAAUAAAACGUGACAGCAUUUCAGCUGUGGCCUUUCCAUGGUGUUUCCCUUGCUCUCUUCUGCAUCCUCAUUGUGAUUCUGUCUGUAUUAUGUGCUGGCAGUUGUUGCUUUCAUUAAACAAUGUAAUAUUAGUCCAAAUGAGGUUUUGGAUGCUGCAACUUUAAAGCCUACAUUUUUUUUUUCCCCUACAAUUAAUGGAUUCCUCUUUCUCCUGGUCCCUCUGCACCCACAUAAGUAAGGGAUGUGGAAAUAAGUUCUGUGAGUUAUUUUUGCUGGCAAAAUAACAGUGCAGUUUAAAUGUAUUUACUGGUGAUGUUCAAAUGACACCCCCACCUCGUUUACUUACUGCCUAGCUGAGAGACUAAAAACUCCUUUUGCUUUCUGCCUGGUGUCAUUUUCAUGGUAUCUAUCAUUUUUAAUGUGCUUUAAUUUUUUUUUCCUUUUCCUAAUUCAUGCUACCUGCAGACUAGCAUGUAAUCCUUAUUUCCAUUUCAGACUUGCUUGAUGUGACCCUGAUCCUUCAGUGACACUGUGUGCAGCCCUUGUUCUGUCUGGGGGGUGAAAGAUCAGGGCAUGUGCUACCAAAGUUUCAAUAAGAAACCUUUUUUCUUUUUUUUUUUUCCUUUUUUUUUGAGAUGAGCACACCCCAGAUGUAAAUGUGAUAGGUAAUGCUGGGUUUGGUCCAAGCCAGUGCUGAUAAUUUUACCUGGAGGGUGGUGUGGAUGGUGCUGGAGCCUCACACAAGGUGUUGGGCUGAGCUGGUACCGUUGCCCUGGGUCAGAGGAGGGUCUGGCCUCUGUCUCCAGCAAUCAGGGCAGUCAGCACUCGUGUUUGUUUGUAUUUUCCUCAGGUAUUCUGUUUCACAAAAAAAUACAGGUAUAUAUCCCACAAAACUCUCUGACAGUUUUGAUUUUAUUUUUGUUGUUGUUAAGCAAGUUAAAAUAAUUUGAUGAUUUACUUCUUCCUGUCCUGUACUGCUCCCCAAACCAGUCGGUACCAGUCAAUGAUUUCUAGAUUAUCUGCUGAAAUACAUUUAAUACAUUUACUGUGGCUUUUCCUUACCAUACUGCAGGUCACUGGCUGCUCUUCCCCACCAUUUGCCUUACUAGAAUGUUACUUAAGGUUUCACAGUCUUUUUUAAGACUUUAAAGAAAAAAAGGCUUUUACUGGAGUGAUUUCUUGGGAGUACUUGGGAUAUCACAAGGAGGCUCUGUCUCUGUCAGCUGUUUUCAUGUUGCAUCUCUUUUUUCCUGCUUUUUGAAUGUCCUUCUCUUUUUUGCUAACCUUCUGUUUUUUUCUCUUUUUUUUUCCCCUUUUCUCUCUCUGUAGCUUUUUUUUAAUCUGUCUUCGCCAGCUGCACUGGGUCUGAGGGAGAAGACUGCCACUUCUAGAAGAGUUGCAGGGUCUCAGGGGAGGGGGGGGGGACAAAUCUUCAGUGUUAGUGUUUUGGGAAGAAGCUUUUACUGACUUGCAUGGUAUCUAAACCUGAAGUGUCUUGUGAUCUGUGUGACAAGACAGGGGGACACAGGGAGGGAGCCGACUGUUCACCUGGAAGUUUGAGGAGCCACAGGGAUGCUGUUUGGACUAACGAUGUAGCGAAUACAUUUCCCAACAUUGUUAUGGGUAUAUUUUAUUUUAUUUUAAUUUUUUUUUCUAAUUUUGUCUUUAAUAACAUGUCGUUGGCUCCCCCGGGGCGUGGAGCCUAAGGAAUUAUUUUCAAUAAGCUGUUGUUGGAUUGGUUUUGGAAACUGUGCAGAAUCAAAGGAAAUACCAGCCUGGUGCAAUGUGCUUUGUUGGCAGCCACGAAAUAUUUAAUUUUAACAAAGGAAUAAAGUACAAACUGUGUGUUUUCA